UCCGAGAAAAAAAAAAGAGGAGAAAAGAAAACCCUACACAGUCCCACUGUUUUAGUCCGUUAAAAAGCCCCACCGUCGGGAGUAAAAACGACGACGAGAAGAGAGAAAUGUUUUCCGAUUCCGGCUGCAGUAACGGCUACUACCACCACCAAGAAGGCGGCGCAUUUCCGGAGCACAACAGCCCCCGGUCGCCUCACAGGGGCCGCGGACGGCGGAGAGGACGUCGGGGCAGGUCGCACGACCCGUCCGAUGCUCCUGCUUUCGGUGCCUCUAGGGUUGCCGAUGCCGAGCGGCGGGAGGAGCAGAAGCCUCCUCCCUGUACGGACUUCGAUAUGGCGUACUUUCACUCGUACGCCCACCUCGGCAUUCAUGAAGAGAUGAUCAAGGAUCGUGUCCGAACAGAUACUUAUAGGGCCGCAAUAAUGCGGCAUCAGAGUUCUAUUGCUGGCAAAGUUGUUGUUGAUGUUGGUUGUGGGACCGGCAUUCUCUCUAUUUUUUGUGCCCAGGCUGGUGCCAAACGGGUUUAUGCAGUGGAUGCAAGUGACAUUGCGGUGCAGGCCAAUGAAGUCGUAAAAGCAAAUAAUUUGUCUGACACAGUCAUAGUAUUACAUGGACGAGUUGAGGAUGUUGAAAUUGAUGAGGAGGUUGAUGUGAUAAUCUCGGAGUGGAUGGGAUACAUGCUUCUUUAUGAGAGUAUGUUGGGCAGCGUCAUAACUGCAAGAGAUCGCUGGCUGAAACCUGGAGGCUUGAUCCUUCCUUCAAAUGCGACGUUGUAUAUGGCCCCUGUCACACAUAGCGACCGGUAUAGUGACAGCAUUGAUUUCUGGCGCAAUGUGUACGGGAUUGAUAUGUCUGCUAUGUUGCCUUUAGCAAAACAAUGUGCCUUUGAAGAGCCUUGUAUAGAGACAAUAUCUGGUGAAAAUGUUUUGACAUGGCCACAUGUGGUAAAGCACGUGGACUGCUACACUGUUACACUUGGUGAACUAGAGUCAGUCACGACAAGAUAUAAGUUCAAGUCGAUGAUGCGAGCUCCAUUGCAUGGGUUCGCAUUUUGGUUUGAUGUUGAAUUUAAUGGGCCUGCAAUAUCUCCCGCCAAUAAUCACGUCUCAUCGUCAUUUAUAGAGUCCUCAAACAAUCAGUCCGCAGAUGUCAGUCAGAGGAAAAAACGAGCUAAUCCGAGUGAAGCAUUAGUGCUUUCUACUGCACCAGAGGACCCGCCAACACAUUGGCAGCAGACUAUGGUAUUCUUCUACGACCCAAUAGACCUUGAGCAAGACCAACUCAUUGAUGGUUCUUUAACAUUGACCCAAAGCAGAGAAAAUCGUCGGUUCAUGAAUAUUCACCUUGAAUACACCUCAGGUGGACGAUCUUUUGUUAAAGAGUCUGUAAUGCGGUGACAUUCCUUGAUUUCUUGGAGUUGGAUUUUCUAUCAGGCGAAUGUAUAUCUCGAACUGAGGCUAACAGUCAGGUUUGUGGACUUGCCAAUUGUAGUGGGCACGAGGGGCUAACAUAAGAGCGCGUAUCUUCUCUCUAUGAGUUCAUGCAUUCCUGUUUUCCGUCAGAUUGUAUCAGGUCUAAAACUAUUGGUAGGACAGGAGACGGAGUUCCUGUGGUGCUUUGUUUGAUGAGUGCGUCUCUUGUGAUGCCCCUUUUAUGGCCACAAGCCUGGUCAUUGUCUGUCGUAUCAAGCUCCUGUAUCAGUGUCUGCAUUAUUUCAGCAUGGAAACUUACGGUAAGAUUAAAAAUAAUCAUAGAGGCAACAUUUUGAUGA